CACCAGGUCGGCUCCACAGCAGGCCAGGCUCCGCUCCGGACUUGCGUGACGCUCCUCGAGGCCUCCAGCUCCCCAUGGCGGCGACACUGAGCCUGGAGCCCGCGGGCCGCAGCUGCUGGGACGAGCCGCUGAGCAUCGCCGUGCGCGGCCUGGCCCCCGAGCAGCCCGUCACGCUGCGCGCCGCCCUGCGCGACGAGAAGGGCGCGCGCUUCCGAGCCCACGCGCGCUACCGCGCCGACGCCGCGGGAGAGCUGGACCUGGCGCGCGCGCCCGCGCUGGGCGGCAGCUUCGCGGGGCUCGAGCCCAUGGGGCUGCUCUGGGCCAUGGAGCCCGACCGGCCUCACUGGCGCCUGGUCAAGCGCGACGUGCAGACGCCCUUCGUGGUGGAGCUGGAGGUGCUGGACGGACACGAGCCCGACGGCGGGCGGCUGCUGGCGCGGGCGGUGCACGAGCGUCACUUCAUGGCUCCCGGGGUGCGGCGCGUGCCCGUGCGCGAGGGCCGGGUGCGCGGAACGCUCUUCCUGCCCGCAGGUGAGGUCCAGUUCCCUGGGAUCAUUGAUUUGUAUGGAAGUGUCGGUGGCUUAUGUGAAUAUAGAGCCAGCCUCCUGGCUGGGCACGGUUUUGCUGUGCUUGCUCUGGCUUGUUUCCGAUUUGAAGACCUCCCUGAAUGUUUGAGUGAUGUGCGCCUGGAGUACUUUGAAGAAGCCUUGGCCUUUAUGCUUCACCAUCCACAGGUGAAAGGCCCAAAUAUUGGGCUUCUUGGUGUCUCCAAAGGUGGUGAUCUGUGCCUCUCGAUGGCUGCUUUCCUGAAGGACAACAUCACAGCCACUGUCCUUAUAAAUGCCUGUGUAGCCAACACAUUAGUCCCUCUGUAUUACAAAGAUCUGUCUGUUCCUAGUCUUGGGUAUGACCAAACAAAAAUGAAGAUCAUGGAGUCAGGCCUUUUGGAUUUGAGGGAUAGUUGGAACAACCCACUGGAGGAACCCAACCACCAAAGUCUUAUUCCACUGGAAAAGGCCCAGGGACCUUUCCUGUUUAUUGUGGGCAUGGAUGAUCAUAACUGGAAGAGUGCCCUCUAUGCUCAGAUAGCCUGUGAACAUCUACAAGCCCAUGGAAAAGACAGACCCCAGAUAAUCUACUAUCCAGAAACUGGUCAUUGUAUUGACCCACCCUAUUUUCCCCCUCCAAUAGCCUUUGUACAUUCCGUGGUGGAUGUAGCAAUAUUCUAAGGAGGUGAACCAAGUGCUCAGUCAAGGGCACAGCUGGAUGCCUGGCAACAAAGUCAAACUUUCUUCCAAAAAUAUCUCAAUGGUGAAAAGCCUGCCAGGCACAGCAAAAUGUAACAUUGUAAUUAUAUGGAAAGUUCUAAUUAUGCCAUGCAGAUUCUUUUGGAUUUCCAGAGUACUAAGGAAGUUUGGGGGGUUUUUGGGAGGAAGGGGAGGCAGGCACCCAGACUGGGUCUCACAUUCACUAUGUAGACAAGGAAAAACUUCUGAUCCUUCUGUUUCCAGUGCCAAUAUUAUAAUCCUCCAUUAUCAUGCCUAGUGCUAUGCCUUGCCAAGGACAAAACCCAGGGUUUUCCUAUGAUAGGCAUAAAGGGACUGAGGCUGACUCCAUGACAGGCUACAAACUGACAAUUUGGGAGACUAGGCCUAAGUUUGUGUUUCCCAGAAACGAGAACCCAGAUCCAGGAACCUGUGGGCAUCCGAUCCAAGGACACCUUGUCAUCUGACUUGAAGUUAAAAUAGGUAGCUAAAAUAAAUGAACGACCCUCCAGAGAGGUCUCCAGAGCCUAACCAAUUGUUAACUUAGACCUCUGUAGAUAGAGCUAACCAAUCAAGGUAAAAGGGCACAUCCCCUUUCUUAGAGUUCCCCUAACUGACAAUAAAAGCUGGGCCUUUGAGCCCACUGGGGGGCGGGGGGGGUCUCCAUUCCCAAAUGGGAAAACCCCUACAUACAAGUUAUUUAGCUAAGUAAAUGCUCUAUGCUUUUACAUAUUAUUUAAAUCUGAGAUAUCAUUCUCUGGCGAUUCUUAGACCCUAGCAGACAGGCAUUCAGCUAACAAAGCUAUAUCCCCAGCUCCCCACGAAGCUUUUCAUAGGAAGCUCAGCCUCCUUGUAAGGAUCCUACUGGACUCUGAGCCUUUGCAACAACUCUCCUUUCAGUGCUGGCUGGGUGUAAGGAACAGGUCCUUAACAGAGCUGACCCCAUAUUGUAAUAGGAAAGAAAACAAGUCUGGACAAGUCCAGAAAACAAGCUUGGACAUGUCUUAAAAUAUGAUGAUAACUAAAAGCUCACCUGCAAUGAAGUCACAGCCCACAGAUAACCAGACACAUCUGGUUAUCUGCCGUGUACGUCAGCAGUAACCCCAAUUCAAGCAUAAAAGAGGAGA